AUGGAUCGGAUGGAUGGAUUCUAUCAGAUCCUCAUGCGUGAACGGGACAUCCCGUACACAGCAGUGAGCACCCCCAGUGAUAUGCUCUGGGAGUGGCUAGUGAUUCCACAGGGGCUAAGUAACUUCCCUGCAACGUUUAACAGAUGUGUGACGAAUCUGUUGCGAUCGGUGCGAGACUUCGAACCGAGUUACAUCGACGAUGUCUUCGUCCAUAGCCGGGCUAUGGAUAGAAAGACGGACGUGGAGGUUCAUAGAAUCCACGUCUGGAAGGUUCUUACACUAAUGCGAGAGCAUAAGUUGUUCGCGAACCUCAAGAAGUGUAUAUUCGCAGCGAGCGAAAUACCACUUCUUGACUGCAUCUUGGGUAAAAAUGGCGUACGCCUUGAUACAGAAAAGUUCAAGGAGAUUAGCGACUGGCCUGUGCCAUUCGACGUCAGGGGACGUCGAAAGGUCCUUGGCUUAGCAGAGUACUUGCACAAGUACUCGCGGAACUGCGCCGAGAUGACCGUUCAUCUCUCUCGUCUGUUGAAGAAAAACGAGAGGUGGUCAUGA